UUCUUUCGCAAGUUCUAAACAACACACAGCAUUAUGGCUGAUAAAAACUGUUCUUCUUUAUAAACAGACAGUAACGUUACACCAAAACUUGGAAGUUUUAUUUUUUUUUGGAUUUUAUCUAGAGUGAUAUACAAGAAACUAUUAAAGUUUGUUAUUAUACAACCGUAAUUUUAAACUCUUCUCAAUUUUUGACGGCGAGCAGGCUUCUUUAAAAUACGUUUGGUGACAGUGUAAAUCAUAUCGUCAUAAUCACAGACUGCUGUAAUAGCGAAUACCAACUUGAGUUUAACAUAUGUUGUUUCAGAAAGUCGGUUUUACAUUGUUUGAUGUCUCAAAACCAGUAUAUUCGAAAAGGAUGUUUAUUAAAAUGUCCACAAAAAGCUCUUAACCCAUUUAAGCAAAAAUGGCAGUCUAGAUGGUUUGUUCUUUAUGGCAAUAGUGAACAUGGCAGGGUCCGCAUUGAAUAUUAUGACAAUGAGAAAAACUGGCAGCAGGAAAAAGGCAAGCGUGUAAUCCCACUGAGCAACUGUGUCAGUAUUAAGCCAGUGUGGAAUAAAGAUUACAAUUAUGUAAUAGAAAUAGUUGUGCAGGAUAAAACUAUCCAUUUGGCUGCUGUUAGUAAAGAUGAAGAAAAGUCAUGGUUUAAGGAUUUGUGUAAAGCAGUAUUUGGAAAUGCUAAUAGAAACAGUAUUGUUCAGGUCGUAGACAAGCCUUCUUCAGAAUUGGAUUUUGGCUACCACAGUCUUGAUAGAAGUAGUCUUGAGGGUAAUCGAGAAUCUCCAAGAACCUUACAUACCGUAGAAGAAAGUCUUAAUGAGACCUCCGAAAGUAGAGAAGAGUUAAGGAACAUUAGUGCCAGUACUGGUGCUUUAAAUGAUACGACCAGUGUUGAUGGUACACAGGGAUCCACAGAACAACUUCAGCGAACAUUAACGUCUUCAGUAGCGUCAGAGUUAUCCAGUUUAGUUUCAUUUGAAUCAGGAUUUGAUGACAAUUCCAGCAUGGCGUCGACAGUAACCGAAGGAUCGAGCUAUCCCGUGACUAUUAGAGCCACAAUAGCUUCACAAAAAGCUGGCAUGAAUGGCACGUACUUGUUACAGAUUAGUCCGUUGAAUUUAACUUUAAUUGAUAUCCCGUCGCAAUCGCCUGUGUGUGAAUGGCCAAUCCAAUAUCUACGACGAUAUGGUCGUGGAAGGACCAAAUUUUCUUUUGAAGCCGGCGAGAAAUGCGAUCAUGGAAAAGGUGUCUAUACGUUCAAUACACUGGAAGGUGAUUCUAUAUUUCAUUUAGUCGAUAUGUAUGCAAGGGGGAUUUCUAUGCGUAACCAAAUGCUACGAAAACGAACCUCUGUACCGGAGGGUUUUAGACCUCUCGGGGCAGCUCCUAAAAAGUUACAUCACUCCGAAGGAAAAUUACUUGAUAAGUGCUCUACUACCACCGCAACAACUCCAAGGUUUACGGACAGUGCGAGUGAUAUUUUAUCUCUUGGUCCGAAUGAUUCUGUAAGCCAAAUGGGGACAUUACCUAAAGAUAUAGAGCGAGAAGAUGAUGCAAAUUCUGUUGCUGAGGAUAAUGUUCAAACGCGAGGAAUGAGUAUUGGUAGUGGAAUUAGUUUGGAAAUCGCUCAGAAUAUCUCACAAAGCGGAGAUGAACUUAAAGAAGGAAAACCUACCGAAGAAACAGACACGCAUUCAGAUGGAAAUACAUUGAAAGAGGAAACGACGCCAAAGACAGAAUUAGUUAAAAAGGUGGACGUUUCCACUAUAGAGGAAGAAACACUCGCCGACACUUUAGCAUCCGACCAGACUGAUCCACCGCCUGCACAAGAAGUAUCAACGAAACAGACAGACACUGUAGUAAAUAAAGAGGAGAACACUAAAAAACCCAAGUUGCUAGCAUCUGUAAGGAGAAGCAGUUCGUUGAAACUUCCCAGUGCACUACGUCGUAGUAACUCUAGUAAAGACUCGUCCAUAAAAAAAAGUAGUUCUGUAAAAAGAAGCAGUUCGUUUCGAAAUAGGUUUUUUAAAUCCAAAUCGAGUGAAGAGCCAAGUAAAAAAGAGAGACUUGUUUCUAAGAGCGAUGAAAAUCUUACGGCAACCGUGAAACCUAAAGACAUUGACGUGCGUAUCGCUCAGCAAGAAAAAGUGAAAGAAAUCCUCGCUAAAGCAAUCGAGGAUGAUAUGAAUAGAAACUCUGAAACAGAAUUCCGCAACAGUGAUAUAGAGCACAGUUCGUCGGAAAAAUCUUCCAAGAAGCGAAACCUCCCCAUGCGCCAUAAAAGCAAUGAAAUGCUCGGUAAUAAUACUCCUGAAAAAUCGAAAAAUACGCGAUUGUCGAGCUCUUUCGCUGGUUACGACUACAAAGGACAUGCAGUUUUAGCGAAGACGAGCACCGGAGAGAAAGAUACCGAAGCUGAAGAUCUUCGUCGCUUGCAAAAGCGUACGCAGUCGGUCAUGAAGAAAGUGGAGUUAUAUGAGGGUUUAAAGAAACAAGCCGAAGAGUGUCGUGUAAACAGUUACACGUUUUGGAGAAGGAAAUCGAAAGAGCCUACAAAAGUUAAAACUGAAGAUAUGAACAUAUAAAGUUAAUGUCAAGUGAUUAUGUGUUGUGCUUGACAAUUUUUAAUAUAAAAACAGAGCCUUGAUUUCAUUUAUUUAUUUAUUGAAAAAAAUGAUUAUUAUUUUUAGCGACUACUAGAUACAAUGCAUGACUUUAUUUUGUUCUCUGUA